AUGUUCGCGCACCCGCUUCCCUUUAAGCUCUCUUUUCCAGAUAUCCUCGCUAUGGAGUCGCUCCGCUGUGAGCCAGUGCGCCAGAAGCCGAUAAAGGUGGCGGUGGCGGUGGACGGCAGCGAGAACAGCAUCGAGGCGCUGCGAGCCGCCAUCCGCAUGUUCGGCCCCACGGCCAAGGAGAUCCACAUCGUGCACGCGCGCCGCCCUUUCGACCAUGAUUUCGACGUGGAGAAUACGCCCCUAUGGCAGCAACCCUUUCAGCGCAUGGAGCGCCAAUCGCGCGCAGACUCGCGGGAGCUUCUCGGUAUUUGCUGCCAGAUGGCCGCACAGGAGACGCAGCGCGUGCGCCCCGCGCGCGACGGGUCCGCUGGGGGCGCGGGCGGCGCAGUCGGCGCCGCGGAUGGCGGCGCCAAUUGCGGCAGCACAAAUAGCAGUCCGGGGAGCAGUCCCGGGCACAGCGCGGAAAGCAGUCCGACCAGCCAUGGGGGGAGCGGGGUGGUUGUGGAAGCAGCGAGUAUGGGGGUAGGCGGGCUAGAGGUGAAAGGCGUGGAGUUAAGAGGCGAUCCGCGCGACGUGAUUAGCAAUUAUUCGAAAUACGUGGGCGCGGAUAUGCUGGUCAUGGGCUCGCGAGGGAGUAGCAUGCUCAAGAGGUUCCCCAUGGGCAGUGUGAGCAACUACUGCAUGCGUAACGCUGCUUGCCCCGUGCUCAUAGUCCCAGCUCCAAACACAGGCCCCACAGAAUCUCUUCUCAUGGCUGAUGGGAAAGCCGCCAGCGGCAGCGAGACGAACAUUGCUGCGUGGCUGUAUGGGGUGGAGGAUAUUCGUUUGCUUCCUGCACCCACCCCCUCGGAACUGGGGCCUCACGACGUGCGGGUGCGGGUGAGAGCCGUGGGAAUAUGCGGCAGCGACGUGCAUUACUAUAAGCACAUGCGAAUAGCAGACUACAUAGUCAACUCCCCCAUGGUUCUCGGCCACGAGAGCGCAGGCACGGUGCUGCAAGUGGGCUCGGCAGUGACGCGCUGCAAGCCGGGGGACGCAGUGGCCAUGGAGCCGGGGCGCGGGUGCCUUGCUACAGCCGCCGCCUGUGCGCACUGCGCGGGGGGCGCUGGCCGCUACAACCUGUGCCGCGACAUGCAGUUCUUUGCCACGCCGCCCGUGCACGGAUCGCUGGCCAAUGAGGUCAUCCACCCGGACUUCCUGUGCUUCCCCCUGCCCCCCUCCGUGUCCCUAGAGGAGGGCGCCAUGUGUGAGCCCCUCAGCGUCGCCAUACACGCCUGCCGCCGCGCCCUUGCCGCUGGCCCUGGCAUCCUCCCCCUCACGCACCCCUCCCACUCCCCUUCCUCCGCCACUCCCGCCGCCGCCACCACCCCCACCACUACCUCCUCCUCUGCUCCCUCCUCGCCUUUCUCCUCGGAGCCUUCACUUGCCGGGUUGCACGUGGCGGUGGUGGGAGUGGGCCCGAUAGGCCUGCUCGUGGCCAUGACUGCCUGUGCUCUGGGUGCCGCUGCCGUCGCCGUUGCGGAUGUUAGCAGGGACAGGGUGGCGUUUGCGGAGGAGGUGUUGUUGAGUGGUGGAGAGGGCGAGGGGGGAGGGGAGCGGGAGAAGGGGUGUGGAAUACGGGUGCUGCAGAUGGAAGCGGGUGCAACGGCUGAAGCCAACGCAGCUCACCUCCUAGAAGCAUGUUCGGGCACCAUCCACGUCACCAUGGACUGUGUAGGCAUCACCGCCACCAUGCGCACGGCUCUCCAUGCCACGUCAGCAGGAGGGCGCGUCGUGCUCAUAGGCAUGGGAGAAACCGAGCCUGAAAUGUCCCUACCUAUAGCUUCGGCCGUGGCUCUCCGGGAGGUUGACAUUGUGGGUGUGUUCAGGUACUGUCACACGUAUGAUACGUGCGUUGCGCUGUUGCGGGACCGGCGAGUUAACGUGAAGCCGCUUAUAACGCACCGGUUUGGGUUCUCGCAAGGGGAGGUGGAGGAUGCGUUUAGGGUGAGUGCGGGAGGAGGGAAGGCUAUUAAGGUAAUGUUCAACCUGUAG